CUGGGAAAAUCUCCAGGAUGGAGUCCCUGAUUAAACCGGCGGCUCUCCUCCUCGCACUUUGGUGCUGCUGCUGCAGUGCUCAACAACGUGUUGACUACGUAUCGCCGCACUUAGGCAGCUCCAAUGGAGCAACACGACUCACCAUUACCGGAAACGGUUUUGCCCAGGAGAAACAGUUCCAGCUGAAUCCAAAAGAUGACACAUUUGGCAACCGUGUGACCCUGGUGUCAGAUACCCUGUCGGUCCCCUGUGAUGUGGAGAGAGACUCAACACACGGCAACCAGAUCAUGUGUUACACCAGAGCCAUGCCAGCAGGUCAGUACAUGGUCCGUGUCAGUGUGGAUGGUGUUUCCAUUCCUGACAGUAAUUUGUGCCGCGCGUGGUACUACUACUACUACUACUAUUAUUGCAGCUUCUAUCCUGACUGGAGCUACACGCCUACUAUCUCCUCUCUGAGUCCAGUCAGUGGUCCCCCAGGCACCUUGGUGACACUGCGAGGACGUAUCAUCACCGAUGUGUAUGGAAGCAACACUGCCACAAGCUCCAAUGGCCUCAAUGUCAGAUUUGUGAGAGCCUACAUGGGAGGGAUGCCAUGCGAGCUGCUUAAACCAGAGUCAGAUGAACUAUAUGGCCUACGACUGGACUAUAAAUACUCUCAGUGGGGUACCAUGAGCUGCAAAAUGACGGGGACGUAUGUUGGGCAUCACAACUUGAGUUACAUUCUUGAUGGUGAAUACGGAAGGAGUUUCUCAGAAAAGAACCUGUACAGGGUUUCAGCUUUGGGCAAGCUCUCCAUGUUUCAGACCUUCGCAGAAGUGACAGGAGUCUCCCCAUCCAUGGGCAGUGUCCUGGGUGGAACCCUGUUGACCAUCUACGGCCGCUUCUUUGACCAAACCGAUCGGCCAGCACGUGUUCUUGUUGGAGGCCUUCCUUGUGAAAUCCAGAGUGUGUCAGAUGACAGAAUUACUUGCAGAACUGCCAAACAAGAGCUGAACAACAAUGCUACAGUCUACCCAGGUGGAAGAGGCUUGAAGAUGGAGGUGUGGAACAACACAAUAUCUUCAUACCUGACGGACAUUUGGCGCUACAAUUGGAACACAACUGGAUACUGGACACAGUGGAUUGACUCCAUGCCCUACGUCUUAGCUUUGGAAAAUAAUUAUUUGAGAUCACGAUCCAGGGGCUUCCUUGUCCCUCCAUCCAGCGCCAACUACACAAUAUACCUCCAAUGUUAUUACCAAUGUGAGCUCUACCUCAGCAACUCCAGUCGCCCAGAAGAAAUGGUUAGAGUUGCAUACCAGGGAGGUUUUGCUACAUUGGCUCUGGAGGAAGGAAAACCCUACUACAUUGAAAUUCUUCAUCAAGGAUAUGGCAGUGCAGCUAGUGUCAACCUUGCCAUUUUCCAAGGGGACAGUUCCUUUACAGAAGACAAGGCAGACGGAGCUGUCAAUGAGGUUCAGGAUAUAGAGGUUAAAUAUGACGUGUUCGAUGAGGAACAGGUGGUAACCUUUGAAUCCUGGCCCAGAAAUGUCUCUUCAGUUAAAGAGGUCCAGAGGGUUACCGUUAGCAGCAGCUGUGAAAGCUAUCUCUGUGAGAGUACCUUCUUCAGCCUCGGCUACGGAGAUGCAAUGACAGGACCAAUUCCAGUCAGUGCCACAGCAGCUAUAGUGGAAGCAUCCUUGAACAGCCUUUGGUCCAUCAAACCCGACAAAGUCCAGGUCACCAAAGAGGUCGUUAGCCAAGAGUCUCACUAUAACGUCACAUUUGAUUCUGACAGAGGGGAUUUCAAACCUCUUCAAUGGGAGGUUUUUGGCUUCGACACUAACAUCACUGUUGCUGAGGUAACAAAAGGGAGAAGCAACAUGAAGACCUUCACUCUGUUCUGGGGGGGAAUCCCGACAAAGCCCAUUGCCUUCGAUGCAUCUGAGUCAGAGGUGCUGUCAGCUCUGAAGGACAUGAUGAAACCUGAGUGUCCUGCUGAGAUCCUGACCACUGAAGGGACUAAUGUGAAAUACUUCAAAGACUUUGAAAAUGACCACUAUCAGUUUAAUAGUGCUGAGAAAGGGACUCCAGUGAAAGACGCUUUCUGUGGCCUGUGGUCGCUAAAGAACGCAGAGGUUCUUUUCAAGGAUAGUUACACCAAAGAGUCUGGUGGGAGCUACGGACCAGUUGCUUUGGACAAGUUUCCCACGCUUUGCUUUGCAUACAAGGGAAUGUUGAAUGAUGAAGUUGGAAUGAAGUUCACUUACCUCGACAGCCAAGGCAAAAACCAGACAAAUGCCACAAAGAUCAGCACUCUGUUCACCAAGGGCCAAGGAUGGAGUUACAAAUGCAUGGAUCUACAGAGUUCCCUGCAGACAGAAUUCAUAGGAAGCAGUUACAGUCUGCAGGAGUUUUACCUCUACAAAGACAACUCUGGUGCAGAUUUCUAUGUGGAUGCUGUUUACAUCGGAAAGACACCCACCACAGAUGAUGAAACUGUUGUUCCCCUGAAGAGAAGGCCUCCACUGUUUGAAAGCUCAGGUCGUUCUUUCGAGAUGAUUGCUGUUAGCAAAACCUCAUCAUCUGCUUCACAGAUCAGCUACACGAUCAAAGCCAAACCACUUGAAUGUGCCUUUGAUUUCCCAAUCAGCUACACGAUCAAAGCCAAACCACUUGAAUGUGCCUUUGAUUUCCCACUGAUAGGAGUUUUGCAGAUGUCCAACAGCAGCGAGGACAUGCUUAUGUACAGCGAAGGAGCAGCCACCAUCAACAUCACCCGCCCUCACAGAGCUACCCCUCCUCUGAACGGCACCUUUGAUGUGGAGAUUUAUGGAGGCCGAGCUAAAGGUCUGCCAGUGGACAUCAGUGAGAAGGACCUGAAGUACGCUCUGGAGGGAAUCGCGGGGAUGGGUCAGGUCAGCGUUACAUGGCAGGGAAACUGCAGACGCCCCAAGUGGAGGGUUAAGUGGCUCACCAAACCUGGAGACCAGCCCCUGAUCCAGUUUAACAGCUCGUCGGUUGUUGGAAAAAAUGCAGUUGUUUUAGCAUUUGAGAUAGAAAAGGGAGGAUUGUUGAGGCGCAGCAUGACAGGAGAUUUCUUCCGUGUCUGGGAAACCAAACCACAGGUGGAGGUUUUCAUCAACGGCAUUCCUUCAAAGUGUUCUGGUGACUGUGGAUUCGGGACUUCAGGACCCAAGAUCAUCACAGUGAGCGUGGGAAACAUGAGUCAAACAGCCACCAGCUCCUUCACAUAUGAUACUGAUGUUACAGCCCAGAUCUCAGGCCUGAGUCCCCGCACCACCACUGUGAUUGGACAUGAAGUUCUCACCAUCCAGGGCUCGAACCUGGGUGGCCAAGACAAUGACAGCAUCGUUUUCGUUGGCGGUGAAGAGUGUGUGACUGUGCUGUGGACGGCGACGAGCAUCACCUGCCUUCUCCCUGUGCUGCCGCCUGGCAUGUACAUGGUGGAUGUACGGGUUGGAAACAGUGGCUACCCUCAGACAAGCAACGGUGUGAAUGCCACCAUUGAAUACAUCCUGGAAGUCUACAGCAUCUCUCCACUGUUUGGCUCCUUGGUGGAGGUUUUCAUCAACGGCAUUCCUUCAAAGUGUUCUGGUGACUGUGGAUUCCAGUGGUCUGAAGACAAGACUCCAGUUGUGACUGGAAUCAGUCCAUCACAAGGGUCUAAUGGCCUGGGGACUCUGUUGACUAUCACCGGAACUGGCUUCGGUAGUGAAAACGCCUCCAUCAUUGUGGGAAAGACCCGAUGCCAUGUUGAACAGAUCACCGCUACCACUCAGGUGUGCAGACUGGGCAGCGCCGGUGCUGGUUCCUACCCCGUGUUCAUCAGCUUCCCCUCUCUGGGUGAUUCCCGCUCCACAGGAGGCAACAUCUUCCACUUCACCUACCAGCUCAUUGUUUCCUCUUUCUCUCCGGUCUCUGGAAGCAUCGCAGGAGGCACGCUGCUGACAGUGGAAGGUUUCGGCUUCAGCCAGAACAGCACAGUUAUUGUCGGCAGUGACGAGUGCACCGUGGUUCAUGCCAGUGACACUGAGCUGAAAUGCAGAACGCCGGCAACUCCGGUGAUCACAGAUGUCUCUCCACGGAGAGGAGGCACCGCUGGAGGCACCCGGGUUACAAUCACCGGCUCUGGUUUCAGCACCGAGAUGAUGGACGUCAACGUGACCAUCUCAGGAUCUGUGUGUGACGUUCAAUCCACCAACAACACACACAUCGUCUGUGUGACGAAUGCUCAGCACCAGUCUCAGGAAACCAAAGUCAGAAUCAGCAUCGGAGACCGAGGCAUCGCCAAGAUGGAUAAUGCAGACUUCUUCUACAUUGACGUGUGGUCAUCCAGGUUCACAUGGGGCGGUCUGUCUCCACCCGAGAAGGGCUCGUUUGCCGUCAUCACUAAAGGCCAGACCAUCCUGCUGGACACCAGCACCCCUGUGCUGAAAAUGCUCCUCAUUCAAGGAGGGACGUUGGUGUUUGAUGAAGCGGACAUCGAGCUGCAGGCAGAAAACAUCCUGAUCACAGAUGGUGGACGUCUCCAGAUCGGCCAGGAGGGGGCGCCAUUCCAGCACAAAGCCAUUAUCACACUUCAUGGACACUUGCGCUCCCCUGAACUUCCUGUUUAUGGAGCCAAAACGCUGGCUGUCAGAGAGGGAGUGCUGGACCUGCAUGGUAUUCCAGUUCCUGUUCCCUGGACUCACUUGGCCCAGACAGCAACCAACGGCUCCGCCACACUAAACCUGAUGAAGGCAGUGACAUGGAAAGCUGGAGAUGAAAUUGUCAUUGCUUCCACAGGCCACAGGCACAGCCAGAGAGAGAACGAGGUGAGGAGGAUCGCAGCCGUGUCGGCUGAUGGGAAGAAUGUAACCCUGACCGAACCGCUAAAGUACACUCACCUCGGGGUGGCCGUCACGCUGCCCGAUGGUACGGUGUUUGAGGGCCGAGCUGAGGUGGGUGUCCUCACCAGGAACAUUGUUGUACGAGGCUCCCAAAACCAUGAAUGGGACGACAAGAUCGAAGCCUGCCCCGAUGGCUUUGACACAGGUGAAUUUGCCACCCAAACCUGUUUCCAAGGACGGUUUGGAGAGGAGGUCGGCAGCGACCAGUUUGGAGGCUGCAUCAUGUUCCACGCACCCAGACCAAAUGAGAAUCUUGCAAUAGGCAGACUAGAAUAUGUUGAGGUCUUCCACGCAGGACAGGCCUUCAUGCUGGGACGUUAUCCCAUCCACUGGCAUCUGAUGGGAAACGUCAACUACGAGUCAUAUGUGCGAGGUUGUGCUAUCCAUCAGACCUUUAACAGGGCCGUAUCCAUUCACAACACUCACCGGCUGCUGGUGGAGCACAACGUUAUCUACGACAUCAUGGGUGGGGCCUUCUUUAUUGAGGACGGCAUUGAGACGCAGAACAUCCUGCAGUAUAACCUGGCUGUGUUUGUCAAACAAAGCACCAGCCUGCUGAACGACGACAUCACCCCUGCAGCCUACUGGGUCACUAAUCCUAACAACAUCAUCCGCCACAACGCCGCCGCAGGAGGCACCCACUUUGGCUUCUGGUACCGCAUGCACGAGCACCCUGAUGGCCCUUCCUUUGACCAAAACAUCUGUCAGAAGCGGGUUCCCCUCGGUGAGUUUUACAACAACACCGUUCACUCUCAGGGCUGGUUUGGCCUUUGGAUCUUUGCAGAUUUCUUCCCCAUGAGAAAUGGAGGCUGCUACUCCCAAACCCCUGAGCCAGCUGUUUUUCACUCCCUCACAACCUGGAACUGUGAGAAAGGUGCCGAGUGGGUCAAUGUGGGAGCCGUGCAGUUCAACAGCUUCCUCAUGGUCAACAAUGAGAAAUCUGGUAUUGAAGCCAAGCACAUCAUGCAGUGGGCUGUGAGCAACUUUGGAGAGGAAGGAGGGGCGACCAUAUCCAACAGCACCAUUGUGGCCUAUGUGGACGAGCUUGGACUUGGAAAUGACUACAGCACUCAAAGAGGUGUCAUCGCUCCACUGGAUGAUGGUCUGAGUGUCCUUAACACCAAGUUUAUCAACUUCAACCGUAGUUCGAGCGCAGCCAUUGGACUAGCCGAUGGGACGUGUGAAUAUCAAUGUGGUGGCUGGGCUAUCAGGUUUCGUGGUAUCCAGUAUUUCAAUUCACCCAACAAGGCCAGCUUCAGGUGGGAGCAUGAGGUGCAGCUGGUGGACACUGAUGGCUCCCUCACAGGAAACAUAAAUAAUUCAGUCGUGCCUUCGAGCCCCUUGCUGGACCCCGCUCACUGUUCCGUGAGUGCAGAGUGGAGCGUAGGUUUUCCCGGCACUGUGUGCGACCACACCGUCAAUUUCCAUCGUUUGGCGAUCUCCUACUCUUCACAGGGCUCUCUGGUCAUGUUAACCAACUCACAUGGCACCACUGAGAUUGGGCAGAUAGCCUUGCUGCCCUCUAAACAAAUCUACAACUGGAACUUUCGCAGUGUGGCUCAAAUCAACUACAUCUAUUAUGAUGUCGUGUUCUAUGGCUUCAAGUCCGAUCAAUAUGUGCUUAUCAACCACAACUUCACCCAGAGUCCAGACCGAUUCCAUAUCAUCGAUUGGAGGGAAGGCUCACUGAAACCGCUGAGCUUCAGCAACAACACGAAUGGAGACUGGUACUUCAACAAGACCUCCAACACCCUCUUCUACAUCGUAUCUGGGAAGACGAACCAGCAGAUGCGUCAUGGCAGCGUUGACCGCUCUCUGAUGGACAUCGCGGUGUACUUCAGGGUCUACUACUGCUCCUACCCCAACUGCAUCGAACCAACUCCAGCCACAAGCCCCACUUACACCUUACCCACUCACCUGCCUUUUACUUUUAACCAGACCUACAGACCCAGGCCAAAGCGUCUGUGGUCUGAUGCCUCUUUCUGGAACAGUUCAGCUGAAAAUAACUUUGCUGUACCAAUAGAGGGCGCUGAUGUGGUCAUCCCAGCAGUGGAGUGGGUUGUUUUGGACGUCAACACUCCUCCCCUCAACAAACUGACGAUCUUUGGAGUUCUUGAAAUCCCCGACUACAUGAACAGCUCAUCGUCCAGACCUUCUCAGGCUGCUCCUGAAUACAGAAGUGUGGUGGUAGACGCCGUCUACAUCUCCAUCCAGGGCGGCAGGCUGAUUGCGGGAUGGGCUGACGAACCGUUCAGAGGUCAGCUGCACAUCAAACUAAGAGGGAACCACCGCACGCCUGAAUGGCCUCUGCCUAACGGACCCAACCAGGGAUCCAAAGUCCUGGGUGUGUUUGGUACACUGGAGCUGUACGGACAACCUCACAACGUUUACCACACCAAACUGGCUGCCACUGCUAACGCUGGAUCCACCACUCUGACCCUGUCGCAGUCUGUGGACUGGCAGGUUGGAGACGAGGUCGUCAUCUCCACCACCAGCUACAACGCGUGGGAGACAGAAAAACGUCAGAUCACCGCCGUGUCAGCAGACGGCCGUAAUCUGACCCUGAACCAGCCUUUGACCAACACUCACAUCGGUGAGACUCACGCCGUCUCUGGUACAUCGUUCUCCUACACUCUGGCAGCUGAUGUUGGUCUCGUGACCAGAAACAUUAAGAUCAUCGGUCAGGAGUAUCCAAAUAUGAUGACGGAGUCGUUCGGAGCCAGACUUUUGGUGGGCACCUACUCCUGGGCCGGAAUCAACUAUAAAGGCAAGGCUCAGAUAAGGAAUGUGGAGUUCUUCCGCUCUGGUCAGGAAGGCUGGACCGACUACACAGACCCUCGUUACUCUGUGGCUUUCCUCAACCUUGGAGAGGUUUCAGGAAAUGACUCCUACAUUCAGGGUUGUGCUUUCCAUGACGGCUUUGCUCCAGCCAUCGGAGUCUUUGGGACAGACAAACUGAACGUUGAUGAUAACGUUGUCUACCGCACUGUGGGAGAAGGUUUCAGAAUUUGGGGAAACAAGAUAAAACUGAGGAGGAACCUGGUCAUGAUGACCGAAUACAGAGAGCAGCCCUACAACUACAAAUGGAACGCUGCCAUUGAGGUCAAUGAGGGGAUAAACGUUGUGCUGCAGCAUAACAUUGUGGCAGGUUACGAGAGAGUCGCCUAUCGUAUCGAUGGGGAACCAUGUCCAGGUUAUCUGAACAACAAUGAGAAGUGGAUUCACAAUGAGGCUCACGGCGGUCUGUUCGGAGUCUAUCUGAACAAAGACGGUUUGCCCGGCUGCAGCCUCAUUCAGGGCUUCUUUGUCUGGAGGAGCUUUGACUACGGCAUUUACUUCCAGACCAUCAUGGAUGUUAUUGUUUCCAACGUGACUCUGGUGGACAACGGUAUGGGAAUCAUGCCUCUCAUCUUUGCUCCUCCUUCUCUCUCCCACGCGUACGCUGAUAAAACUGCACACAUUCAGAAUACCUUGAUUGUUGGCAGCAGCCCGAGCUUCAACUGUUCAGCCACUUUGUCCAGCAGUGACUUAAAUCUGGUCACCAGCAGCGGCCAUCGAGCCCCAAGGCCUCUCAAAGGUGGCAGAUCUGGAAUCUGUUGGCCAACUUUUGGAUCUACACACAACAACGCUCCAAUAACACCCCAUCAUGUGAACAACAACUACAAUGCCAUCAAAGGACUGAUGAAAGUCACAGACACAACAUUCAUCCGUUUCCGAGACGUCUGCUCCAGCGAGACUAACUUCAUGUUCAUCACCAACCCGAUCAACGAGGACCUGCAGCACCCUGUGCACGUUUCAGGCAUAACGAUGAUCGACAGUACAGAGCAGGCCAGGGUCUUCGUCCACAGGGCUGAUGUGAGUAAAGCAAACCCAUCUGACUGUGUGGACAUGGACUGUGACGCAAAGAAGAAGACCUUGUUAUGGAUCAGCGUUGAGCAGCAUGAGGCGAAGUUUCUGAGGGCUAGUACUGGUGAAGAAGACCUCGAAGGAGCGACCGGUGGCCACGAUGCUGUGGAAGAGAGACACUCUCUUUCGGCAGAGAAGACACAACAACAGGACAAACUCACCGUUGAUCAGAUCCAAAAAGCCGUCUCCGAGCACAGCAACGGGGGACAGACGUCUGGUCUCUGUGUCAGAGUCCAGACUCUCAAUCGCCAGCAUCGUGUAGUUCAGCCCAAAACACUUGUAGCUCUGCCAGGAACUCAUAUCGGCUUCAACGUCUCUUCCAUGGGCAUCAUCCGGCCUCCUCCACCUUCAUCUGACCCCAGCUGGAAUCAGGAGGCCACAGCAGAAGUGACAAGGGAGGAGCCUACAGUGAGCUAUGUGUCCAGGGUAAACAAUCUGCUGCUGAUAAAGGAGCCGAUAGCCGGGGAGUUCGUUGGUCCUCUGUACCAGCAGCCCAGUCUCAUGGCUGUGGAUCAGCAGGGUAACUGCGUGUCUGUGGGAGUGACAACUCUCACCGUAACAGCCAGCCUGAAGAACUCCAGUGGGAACAGCGUAGACGGACUGGAAGGAAACACCACCAUCGUAUUCAGCACCUGCUGGGCAAACUUCACCGACCUGUCCAUUCAAAACGCUGGUGAGGACCUGACCAUGGUCUUCACUCUGAUGGAGUGGGGCACCCAGUCACGCGCCUUCUCCGUCAGAAACACUUCAAAUACUCUGUCUCCAACCACUGACGCUCCAUCCACUCUGUCCACAAACCAACAGCCAGCUACCAGCAACACUUCAACUACUCAGUCUCCAUCCUCUAUGUCCACAAACAUGCAGUCCACUACCAGCAACACUUCAGCUACUCUGACUCCAACCACUCUGUCCACAAACAUGCAGUCCACUACCAGCAACACUUCAGCUACUCUGACUCCAACCACUCUGUCCACAAACAUACAGUCCACUACCAGCAACACUUCAAGUAAUCUUACUCCAACCACUCAGGCUCCAUCCUCUCUGUCCACAAACCAACAGUCCACUACCAGCAUGAGCACCUUAAGCUCAAGCUCAACCGUGUCUGCCAGCAGUCUGUGUCUGGUCAGUGUCAUCUACGCUGUGGCCUGCUGCUUAGCUGGGACCCCCAUAUGUUAAAUAGUUCUGUGGUUUUAUGAAUGAUACCUCAACACAAACAAGUCUGCUAAAUGAAAAAUAUAAUCCUUAAAUAUAUUAUGCACAUGGGUGGUGUUUCGUUUCCUGUGGUCAAUUUUUAAUUAAGAUUUAGUUGGGGUUAAAAUAUAUUCUUUUCCUUGUGGUGUUGAGCGAAUAUCUGUUUGAUAUGAAUACACUUUGAGUGUAAGAUCCAUAUAGGUUUUCUAUUUUAAAACAGACUGUAACAACAUGAAGGAAUAUAUGAAAAUUGCAUUUUGUUGAUGAUUGAUUUUUAGAAACUAUGUUCUCUUUUCAAUAAAUUCUAUUUUUCAUCAA